AUGAAGUUCACCUUCAUCUUCAGCUGCCUCGGAGCCGUGAUGCUCAGUGCAUUGCUGGCUGCGUCCAGCGCGCAGCAUCACUCCACGUAUAAAGAUGGUGGCGACCUGACCACGGCGGUUGGCGAAGCCGUCCAACCCGUGGCGGAAUUCGAAACCAAGAUCAGGCCUGCUGUCGACGCAGCCCUACGCACACUCUCCGAAACCAUCAGCUUCGGAAUUUUCUACGGCCUCCACGACCCCGAAUGGUUCGAGCAAGAGGCAGCCGCCGCCAACCACCGUCAGAAUGGGGCGUCCUCCCGAGACCCCUUCUGGUUCAGCCGGACGUUCCUGGGGCCUCUGGGUCUCUUCCAGCUGCCUCCCGCUCCCGGCACGAACCCGCACCACCCCGCAUGGACCGGCGCCGACAUGGCCUCGAAGAUGCACUGGGCGAGCGUGUGCGAGACACACGACCGUCUCCACGAGGUCGCCCGCAACUUGGUCGCAGCCGCCCGUGAGCCUCUGGACGCUGUCACGGCCGCUCUCGAGCGCUUCGGCCCGGUCGAACAAUUCGUGGCGGACAUGGUUGGCGAGGAGCUCGCCAUCCGCGACUACAACGCCGCCGCCGAGAUGUGGGGCAACCGGUCGCUCGCUGGUCUCCUGCCGCCGGAGCUCGACCGCCCUCCCGUCGAUGUGCACGAGCUCGCGCGCGUCAACAGGUAUCUGGAACAGACUGGGGGCACCCUGCUGGCGUUGCAGCGCGGGCUGCUCGACUUCCAGAAGCUCACUUUGUCGAGCGCCAUUGACGAAGUGACCGCCAUCUGCAACUCGCGUGAUGCGCGCGGCGUCAGCGUGGACAGGGACUGGGACAGGGCGCGCACGCUGCUCCAUGACGUAUGGAAGGAGUUCGAAUUGGGGAUCGCCGAGUGGUAUGACGGCAUGGACUUCGACAACAUUUGA